UAUAGACCGCUGUUAUCCACACCUACCGCUUACGGAUUCUACAUUCAGGUCUUUUGUAAUGUUUAACGCAAAAUGUUUCACAAAUUAGAUAGACGUGUGUGAGGACAGCGUACAAGUUUUAGUCAACAGUUGUCCAGGUUCCACCAUGAGACUCUCAGUUCUCUGGCUUCAGGUUCUAGGCUGCGUCCCGUGGUCUGUGCUGUCCGCGCCAGAGGUCAACGCUACGUGGGGACAGAUACAAGGUGUGGAUAAAGUUAGCAAAGAUGGACUUCCGUACUUUGGUUACUAUGGAAUACCAUACGCGAAACCCCAACAGGCAAUCUGAGGUUCAACAAACCGGAACGUCACACUGGAGUAAACGAUGUGUUCAAUGCAACAGCGUAUGGUUAUGCGUGUCCAUCAUUCAAAUAUAUGAACUUAAACCUCUCAGAUGAGGACUGUCUCACGUUGAAUGUAUUCCUGCCCGAUUCCACUGUGUGGUCGACUCAAACGCCCGUGAUGGUGUGGAUACACGGAGGGGGGUUUAUGUCUGGCGCUGCUGUAGAGUAUGAGCCAUGGAAACUGGUGACUGAGACCGGAGUCAUCGUCGUCACCAUCCAGUACAGGCUGGGAAUAUUCGGGUUCAUCAGUACCGGAAAUGACGUCGCACCUGGUAACUACGGAUUAUGGGAUCAGCAUCUGGCACUCCAGUGAGUCAAAACCAAUAUUGAAGCUUUUGGUGGUGACAGUAGCAACAUCACCAUCAUUGGAGAAUCUGCAGGGGCGGCGAGUGUUGCGUAUCACGUGCUGCACCCGGAGUCAAGGGGACUGUUCCAGAGAGCAGUUCUACAGAGUGGAGCUGCCACGCCUGUCUGGGCGUACAAAAGAAACCCAAUGGCGACGCUGAUGCUUGUCGCCAAGGCUGCUGAUUGUAUGACCGAUUCCUUUGCUAAGCCGAGCGACAUAAUGACAUGUCUGCGAACACAAUCCGUGGACAAACUUCUUCGUUCUUCUGUGAUAAACAGUUCAAUGGCACAUAACCUGUUGGUCCUGUCAUGGCUGCCAACAAAGGAUGGAAAGUUUAUACACGAUGAACCAGCGAAACUCAUGUUGAACCACACGUUUCUGUCCAGUACCGUCCUGAAAGACGUUGACGUCCUAGUAGGCGUCAAUAACAACGAAGGGGGGAUCCUGUAUGAUCUUGCUGUUAUGUUUGACAGGUUACUGAACACAACAUAUGUCAAACAGCUAUUCCAACCAGCGCCAUACGACACAGACGUCCUGCCAAUGGUAACUAAUCUGACGUUAGGACAUCACGACCCACACGUCGAUGAUGUCAUUGGAUUUACAUACACCUAUCUACGCCCUAAUGCUACUAUGAGUCUACCACAGUACCAGGUCUUCGAGACCUACGGAGAUCCGGCAUUUUACGUGCCAGCCAUAUUGUUUUCCAGAGUUCAUGACAUGUUCAAGACAGACAAGAAAACCUACUUGUAUUUAUUUGACCAUUACCCGUCGUUCACAAGAGACUCUCCAGUGAAAGGGAUGAUGCACGGUAUGGACAUCCGGUAUCUGUUUGGUCAGCUGGACUCCAACAAUACAAACAUCACAAGUGAGGAGUAUCAGCUGGCGGACAAGUUCACAGCAUUCAUCGGGGCCUUUGCAAAAUCGGGUGAUCCUAAUUCAGUGCUGGAGACACAGUUAGCUAUGCCAUGGCCUGAGUUUGACGUCUCAAAUGAAUACUAUCUGUCUUUCAACGUCAAUAUGUCAAUCGGACGUCACCUUUACUCCAAAAGAGCCUCGCUUUGGCUUGAUCUUGUCCCAAGGCUGAAUGAAGGGCCAUCGCCAGUUUUGCAACCAACAACGCAUUCAUCCGCCCCAACAUCGUCACCACCGUCACCAGGGUGCCCUGACAACUCAAGAGUUGCAGUCAUAGCGAUGGGCUCCUCACUCGGCGCGUUGACCGUUGUACUGGUUGUAACUGUAACGUGCUUUUGCAUCAAGAGUCGUUCCUCUCACGACCAACAGAGCUUCUCUCUCUACUGAAUGAACAUAUCGCCAGCAGCCGUGGAUAUUGUGGAACUAAAACUAGCAUUUCCCUUUGAAACCUUAGAGACUAUCCUUGUAAAACUUUCUUUAAUGGCCCAUGCAUGAUACAAUCUCUGAUAUAAUUAACGUGGAUAUUGUGCUCUAACGGUAAAUUGAAGUACAGUAAAGUAUUCAAGCAUAGGCAAAUGCACUGAAUAUUUAUGAAGGUAAUUAAAACCACUAAAAGUUUUAUGUAUGUCAAAUGAUUUUGACCGUAGGUGGAAUGUAAGAGUCGAUAAGAGAGUGGGGAGUAGCUGUAGGAUUUUGGUAAAAUGGAUACAUGCAUAUCACAAAACAUGUCGUACAAGAGUGAGCGAACAUUCCUGCGCUGGGCAACUCUUCUAGCAGUAUAUCCAGCUCAGGUGUCUGUGUCAGUGAUGUCACAGAGUUAACGAGCAUCCCCAGCAGGUCUUGAUUUAGCCCAUGUCUACACGGGGAUCCACCUGGCCGACCAGGGAACAGUAAUUGUUUCAAGAGACCGAACUCCUGGGCGCCUGGAGAAUGUCUGCAUAGGUGAGGUGUCGCCUCAAUACAGUGGCUUGUAUAUUGAAUAAGUUGGCUGUUCAUCAUACCGUUGUAACUUACAUCGCAGUAAAAACCAAGAGGAUUUUCAGAUAU